GGAAAACACUGCCCCAACCAAGAACAAUUUGAAAACCCACCCCAUAUUAUUUAAAAUCUGGGACAAAGAACCGUCAGGACGGAACUGCUUCAAUUGCAAAACCUGGGCUCAGCCUCCCAAGCGCCCCGCAGGCCGGAGUCAAGAGCAGCCCCCCUUUAAAAAAGAAGAGUACAGUAUUGGGAUUCUUGAAACCUGAAACCUAGAAACAGAAUCGAAGCGGAAACCAGAAGGAAAAUCUUGAACUCCUCCAGACAAUUGCUUCCGGGGAGUUUCAAGAAAGCGAGGGGGGAAUAAAGGGCCCGAGAGGAGGGGCUUUCGGAUGGCGCGUCCCUGAGGGUCCUGGGCAAGUUCGAGGAGCGUGGGAAGGAGAGGAACCGACCCUCUCCCUGGUGUGCAGGUCAUGGCCACCGUGGAGCAGAAACCCCUCGGGAUUAGCUUCCAGUGUCUCUUCUUGGCUACUUUUGUGCUCAUCUGCGCCGGACAAGGGGGACGCAGGGAAGAUGGGGGUCCAGCCUGCUACGGGGGAUUUGACCUGUACUUCAUUUUGGACAAAUCAGGAAGUGUGCUGCAUCACUGGAAUGAGAUCUAUUACUUUGUGGAACAGCUGGCCCAUAAAUUCAUCAGCCCACAGCUUAGAAUGUCCUUUAUUGUCUUCUCUACUCGAGGAACAACCUUAAUGAAGCUCACAGAGGACAGGGAAUUGAUCCGCCACGGCCUAGAAGAACUCCAGAAGGUCCUGCCAGGAGGAGACACUUACAUGCAUGAAGGAUUUGAAAGGGCCAGUGAGCAGAUUUAUUACGAAAACAGUCAAGGGUACAGGACAGCCAGCGUCAUCAUUGCUUUGACUGAUGGGGAACUGCACGAAGAUCUCUUUUUCUAUUCAGAGAGGGAGGCUAACAGAUCCCGAGAUCUUGGUGCAAUCGUUUACUGUGUAGGAGUGAAAGAUUUCAACGAAACCCAGCUGGCCCGGAUUGCAGACAGUAAGGACCAUGUGUUUCCAGUAAACGACGGCUUUCAGGCCCUGCAAGGCAUCAUCCAUUCAAUUUUGAAGAAGUCCUGCAUUGAAAUUUUAGCAGCUGAACCAUCCACCAUAUGUGCAGGAGAAUCAUUUCAAGUAGUCGUGAGAGGAAACGGCUUUCGGCACGCCCGCAACGUGGACCGGGUCCUCUGCAGCUUCAAGAUCAACGACUCAGUCACACUCAAUGAGAAACCCUUCACUGUGGAAGAUACCUAUUUGCUGUGUCCAGCACCUAUCUUAAAAGAAGUUGGCAUGAAAGCUGCACUCCAGGUCAGCAUGAACGAUGGUCUGUCUUUCAUCUCCAGUUCGGUCAUCAUCACCACCACACACUGUUCCGAUGGCACCAUCCUGGCGAUCGCCCUGCUGAUCUUGUUCCUUCUUCUGGCCCUGGCUCUGCUCUGGUGGUUCUGGCCUCUCUGCUGCACCGUGAUUAUCAAGGAGGUCCCCCCACCCCCUGCCGAGGAGAGCGAGGAAGAAGAUGAUGAUGGCCUGCCUAAGAAAAAGUGGCCUACAGUAGACGCCUCCUACUAUGGUGGGCGAGGCGUUGGGGGCAUUAAAAGGAUGGAGGUCCGUUGGGGAGAAAAGGGCUCCACAGAAGAGGGUGCUAAGCUGGAAAAGGCAAAGAAUGCCAGAGUCAAGAUGCCGGAGCAGGAGUACGAAUUCCCUGAGCCUCGAAAUCUCAACAACAAUAUGCGCAGGCCCUCUUCCCCCCGCAAGUGGUACUCGCCGAUAAAGGGAAAACUCGAUGCCUUAUGGGUCCUACUAAGAAAAGGAUACGAUCGUGUGUCCGUGAUGCGUCCACAGCCAGGAGACACGGGGCGCUGCAUCAACUUCACCAGAGUCAAGAACAACCCGCCGGCCAAGUACCCCCUCAACAACGCCUACCACACCACGUCACCACCCCCGGCCCCCAUCUACACCCCCCCGACCCCUGCUCCCCACUGCCCUCCCCCGCCCCCCAGCACCCCCACCCCUCCCAUUCCCUCCCCACCUUCCACCCUCCCUCCUCCCCCCCAGGCUCCACCCCCCAACCGGGCGCCACCCCCCUCCCGACCUCCGCCUAGGCCUUCUGUCUAGAACCCAAAGUUCACUCUCUGGGCUUUCUCAGAAACUUUGGGGAGGAGGUUCCUCCGUGGUGUUAGAACAAGUCUUUCCAGUUAGAGGAGGCUUCCACUUGGGAAUGAGUGGCGAUAAGGCCCACUGACGUCCACACACUAAAAAUUGGUUUGUAAUGCCAAGACACCAGCCACCUGGACCAGCGGAAAGAAAUAGAAACUUUGAUUUGCCUGAAAACAAAUAAUGAGGCAACUACAGUCGCAUUUAUAGCCAGCCAUCUGUCACCUCUAGAAGGUUCCAGAGACAGUGAAACUGCCAAGAUGCUCUAAAUGGAAUUAUGUCUCAUGCAGACCAGUAAGCAAAGCAUUUUUCUGAGGGUGAAACACAGAGUUGGAUGAAAAAUGACAUUGCUGGGUUUCUGAGUGCCGCCCUCCCUCCUCCAUUCUACUUUCGACACUCGACCUUUGACCCUUGGCCCAGGAACCAAGGAAUCCCCACCCGUCUGCACCACCCAUGAAGGUAGAAGCCCUUUGUCCAUAGCAUUGGAAAAGUCGGGGUCCCCAAUGUGGCAAGAAACUCAACAUCAGACAGUUAGACUAUCAAAAGGAUGUUCUUCCGGGAUUUGCGGAAGAGUAAAAAGUGUGCCUUACUUUCCUUUCGAAUUCUCCCAGUUUUCAAGUGAUGAAGAGAGCAGGUGUUGACUGAUGGGAAAAGGUAUGUUGACAUGUUGAUGUGUAAGUGCAAUCAGCUGUGUGCAUUGACAAGGGUGUAUCGAUGGAAGCCACGGACAGUUUCUAAAAGCCACCUGCCAUCGGCAGCUGGAGGUGGCUGGCUUUGGCCAGACAGGGUCCCCUAAAUCAACACACCAUGGCAUUGUUGAAGAGCAACCUGUUAAUGAUUCAUGUUAAAAAUCAAGGUUUGGCUUAUGUUUAAAUCACAUGAGAUAUGAAGAAGUGAUUGAUCCUGUUUUCCAGAAACAAACGUGAGUUCAUCUUCCCCAAAUGGCAAUUAGCACCUACCAGGCAAGUCCACCAAUUUUUUUUUUCCUGUCUUGGUGAAGUUGUGCACCAGAGACUUCUAGGUAGAGCUGGGAGGCAGUGGUCCUGACAUAAUAAGGAAAUUAUCCCCAGGUCCGUUGAUUAACACAGAAAAGGGCAUGAGUGUGUGGCUGCACAUCUCUCUCUCCUUGGCCUUUCAGCCUACUCACAACUAUAACCAGCUGUUAUUCAAGGACAGAUACACCAGAUGUACAGCACGGAAAUGCUGUGUCUGGAAUACCCACCAUGCCUGGGGGCACGCAGUCCCUUCAAGCCUUUCUGAGUUUGUUGAUCAGCAAGCCCUAUAAUCAUUUUCUAAACAUCAUCACCCAGAGAUGAAAACAGAGGGCAUUGUGGUGGGCCUCCUGCACAAGCCUGUUCAAAACCAUCUUCCCCUCCAGCCUUCCACAGGACCUAAAAUCCCUUUUUCUAUACCCCCUAAAAUUCUUAAACCUUUACUGGAAAAAAGCAGAAUGUAAAUUUAAUAUGAACUUAGUGGUUUGGGUUAUGAUCUCCAAAGACCCGUCAAGAACCCCUCAGCCAUCAUCUUCCUCUCACCUUACUUAGAACAGGGAUGUGAGGGCCUGGCGUGCGUUCUACCAGUACCAAUGUCUGCCCGUAGCAGACAUUGCUAAUCGAUCACAGCAUUCUUUCCCACCGAACCCAGAUAUUCCUUCACAAUCCCUCUCAUAUCAUAACUCCAAAGAGCCACCAACCGUCACUCAGAAUUGAGAAGGAGGCGAGCCCUAUUUGCCAUCCCUGCAUUAGAAAGUAAAGGAAUGGAUUGCAUGGGAAAUGGGGAAGCCCAGGAACACAAAGGGUUCAGUCAGGGGAAACCAGAUGAAGGCAGAGUGCCUUAAUGGGGGGCCUUGGGCAUGGAACCUGCAGUGCCAACACCAAACUCCUCCAAGUGUACCUCAGACCCAGCCCUUCUCCCCAUGCCUGUUACUUCCAGAGAAUCUCCUGGCCUUCUCAUGGAGCUAAGUCAGAUUGGUUUUCAGGAAUUAUGAAAGCGACCUCCCUCCCCUCUCCCACUCUGUCCCACCCACCACAUUGUCUAUUUUCAGAAUACUAGGCUUCUUCUUUAGUAUAAUCCCUCAUGAAGCAGGGGCCAAAAUGUCUUGGCCACCUACAGUGACAUUGCUGGGCCCCAGACAACCAUUCCAUAGGGAAUGGGUUCCCCAGGCUCACAGCCUAGAGACUUUGAGCCCAUCACAACUGUUUUGACUGCUGGCAGUACAGAACAGUCCAUCCCCCACCCUUGCAGCAUGACUUACUGCUGCCAUGAGAAAGUUCAAAGCAAGAUGCUGACCAUGGCCAUGCAACCAGAUGGCGGGCAUCAGGUGAAAAUGCAAAACCCAGUAUCGCCACAUCUCAAUCAUGUGCCCCGUGCAGUUUCCAAGAUGCUGUUUUGGUGAUGUUUUUGUAUGAAAUAGGGAACUGCAAAUAUAUUAUGAUUUUAUAGAGGAUUAGCAAGGUUUGUCCUUAAAUCUCACUUAUGUCAUCCCUAGUAAUUCAGAAUUACAUUCAAGAAGGGGAAACUUUAUACACUGUAUGAACAAGGCAAUAUUUUAAUAGACAGGAAAAUUCUUUCACUGGUUUAUAAAACCUAUCAGAAUUCAUGCUAUUCCCUGUAAAAGGUAGAAGAUAUAUGAUUGUGAUCAGGAAACUGCACAAAAUUAUUCUUCCAACCCCUGUGUUCUUGCCCUCAUGAGGUUUCGUUUUUUAAUAAAAGCCAAAUUUGUGUUGUAUAUAUUCGUAUUCCAUGUGUUAGAUGGAAGCAUUUCCUAUCCAGUGUGAAUAAAAAGAACAGUUGUAGUAAAUUAUUAUAAAGCCAAUGAUAUUUCAUGGCAGGUUAUUCUACCAAGCUGUGCUUGUUGGUUUUCUCCAUAACUGUAUUGCUUUUAAAAAUGUACAAAUAUUAACUGAAAUGACGAGACCCUUGUUUGCACAGCAUUAAUCAGAACCUUGAGUUCCGGGGUCCUCUCUGUUGACCACCAGCUCACAAACAGUUUCUGCCCUGGAGCUAGGUACACACACCACUAAGACACAAGGGCUCUCUUUACCAACCUAAAGAACAGAGAUGGUGGAUAAAUUAAUCAAUGGCUUUGGCUGUCUGGCCAUAGGCAGCCUCACUGCAAAUAUCACUACAAUAAGCAGCGAUGAACUUGCAGUCUCAAAUACACUCAAAUCCAAACACCAUGUCAGAUGGAGGAAAAUCUAUCAAGGAACUAGAAAAUAAAUUAUGAGAUAAUGAGCAACAGUUUCAGCCUAGUGCCAAAUCAAUAAAAAAAUUAAUGCUGUGUCAAAUGGGUUGAAUGCGUUUGCAAUCUAUAUAAAGAUAUAUGCAGUAAAACUCCUGUUAAUGCACACCGGGUGGGAAUGGGGUGUUCUAGUCAAUUGCCUUUUCUAGUUAUCUGAGCUCUACUAUAUUAUCAUUCUUGGAUAACCAACUUAAAAGAAUUAGAAUAUGAUUUUUUAAAUACACUUAACAUUAAACUCUUCUAAAUCUUUCUUUCUGUGAUAAUUUAGAAGACACUUAUGGAUCUUCGGUGCCUCUAAGUCAUUAUUAUAAAAAUCAGUUAUCACUGUACCAUGCUAUAGGAAACUGGGCUAAACCUGUACAAUGACAAACCCUGGAAGUUGCUUUUUUUAAAAAAAUAAUAAAUUCCUAAAAUCAGU